CUGGGCUCCGCUGCUGCGCUGUGUGGAGCUGCGGGGCGCUGGCGUUGGGUGGUGUGCGCCCCAGCUCUCUGGUCCAGCGACGUGGGGGAGAGACAUCGCCUAUGUAGAUCUUCAGUUCUAAGCAACAGUCUCACCAAUAUCUUGAUCAUUUAAGCAGAAUAUUUGAUAUGCUUGUGCUCUCGGUAAACCAUGUAUUGAGAGUAUAUAUCAGACACCCUAAAAAGGGUUGGAAUGAAUUACCGCACUGUGUAAGAUGCCCGAGUUGACCUCAGAGAAGAUUCCAUCGCAUCAGGUUUCACUUAAAAAUGCCUAAAACGUGUGUAUGUACGUAAGUAUGUCUGCUAAUGAAGGUGUUGGGAAAUCUAGACUUUGCAGCGAACUCCUGCACCCGAACGGUUCCAUUGAGGCGAAGACUUGGACUCCUACUUAGAAACCUUCCAAAUUAAUUGGAUACUCUUUUUCCUGGCAUUUCAAGACAUUUCAGCUUUCUAGUUUCAGUUCCCACUACUGUCUCCCCAAGUGCCCACCCCUACCCCCAGAAUUAUUUCUCUUUAUAAAUACUUUCCACUUGUAUGCAUUUACUCACAUUGACUCCUGCCAGGAUGACUGUUUCCUCCAUCUCAAUAUGGCCAAGUGCUGGAAAUAAUUUCUUCCUCAUCUGAGCCUUCAUAGAUAUAUGCUGUACCUGUCCAGUGGCACUGUAUUUAUUAACUACAAUUGUUAGGUCUUUUUUCCCUUAACUAGACUGUAAACGUUUUGAAAGUAGGGAACAUGCCAUAUUUCUCUUUCAUUUGAUUACUGCAGUGUUUUUCAAACUGAGGGAGUGUAUUCUUGGCAUAGACACUUAAGAGCAUAUUUGAUACUGGUGUCUUUCUGUAACGAUUUUUUAAAGUAAUAUAGGCGUCAUUUGGGCCAUUUGGACAACCAACUGAACCCUGAAACCUACCAAGCUAUUUCAGUGCCCACAUUUAUUUGUAUUCAUUAUCAUAUUUUGGUACCAAGAAAGAAAAGUGGCUGAAAUAAACGAUGGAUGUCCUGCAGGUGAAGGAUAAAUGACAUGCUGUAUAAACAAAGGUUUUUCAGCAAGUUAAAUAAAAGUGGUGAGAGAAUGGAUUUUCCCUACAGCAUGAAGUAGUGUGCAUGCCAAAUCAAAACAACCUCUGUGGUCAUAAGCUAGUACCGUGUUUAUCUGUCAGAUAGCUAUUUAGUGCAGCACGUUUUCAUUUCAUUGAUUUUCAGUUCUGUUUGUAUUUAAUUUGCAUUCUUUCAUCAGAUAUUUAUUUUUUGGUUUUGAUACUUGAUUUUUGGUUUAUGAUUGUGUAAGAGCUUUAGCAUAUAGUUCAUCCCUAGUUUUAUGUUUGAAUGUAUUUAAAAAACAGAAUACAAUAAUUUAAAUAUGUCCUGGGGGUCUGUAAGAAUGGUUUCCUUUAAACACACACACACACACGCAUAAUACAUUUCUCAAUUUUUAGUAGCACUGACUUAGAUAUUCAUCAUCUUCUACUCCUUUGUAGCCUAGGCUUAGCAAAUAAAGAUCUAUUCUAAAGCUGAACGCACAGCCGGUUGUGUAGACACAGGUGGUGGUGCCUUGUAAAUGCCCAUUGCUUUAUUGAUCUUUGCUGUUUGUUUUCAGCUUAUAGGGACUCCACCUGGGUUCUUAAAAACAAAAACAGGAAAACACAAAGCCUUUUAUCUCCUUGACAAUUUAUUCCCUAUUCCUAAAAGAAUGAUACUAAUAAAUAUGACAAACCCACCAAGAAUAUAUUUAAAGGACCAGGCAGCUGCUGAGCCCCCACACUGUUCUUGCUCACAGCUCACAGAGAAAAUGUUCUUCAGGGGAAGAAUCUGGCUUUGGUUACCCAUCAGAACAGGUAUAAUUCUAGGAAGUGAGCUAAGUAUCCCAGAGCGACAUGGUAAAAAUAACUGUUAUCAGCUUAACAGGUUUCACUGCAGCUACGAGGAGGCAGAAAAUUACUGUCGUGUCCAGGGAGGACACCUUGCUUAUACUUGGAACCUGAGGGUCCGGGAUCUUCUCUGGGACUCUCUGGAAGAAGGGAGUAAGUGGUGGAUUGGGCAAAAUCUAAAGCAGCUGGGAAAACGUCAAGAAAAAAAACAACCCAGGCAGGUGUCGUGCCCCCCCUGGCCCCCAGAGCCCCCCAACUGCACUUACAUGUCCCGAAACUCCAACUGGAUCUCAUCAAAAGUGGACUUGUGCUCCCUGGGGCAUUCUUUUAUUUGCCAGGCUGAGGCCUUUCCAGACCAAGAUGAAAGACCUGGAAUUAAUUCUCAUUUACACUGGAGACCUGAAAAGAUAAGAGGAGAAGUUGCAGUACCAAGAAACAGAAGGACCUCAGCUACUCAUCCUGCAACCUCCUGUCACCACCCUGCUCACGCUGAUCUUUCCAAGACCCUUUGUCUUCCCAUCAGCCCAUUUCCUUCAACACUACCCAAAGCCACACGGCAGGUCCUGGCAGUGACCUCGGCGCCUACCAGCCAGCAUCUUCCUGGUACUCCAGUGCUCACCAGGCCUGCGCCUGAAACACAGCCUGGGCAAGCUCUGGUAGUGGUGACCUCAAGCCCCAAAGAGGAUUCCCAGACGGAGGUCUUCACCACUCACCUACAAACAUCACUUCAGGAUGCAUCUGAUCAGGUCAUAGACGAGAUAGCAGGGAACUUGAGCAAACCGAUUCAUGGUUUGCAAACUCACAGCAAACUACAGACAGCUUGUGAGAUGCUCCAGAAAUGGACAGCCUUUAUUCCAGGAUUUUCUGAGUCAGCUCAGGUCAGUGUCCUCAGUCCCCUUGUUGACCUGAAUGAGCAGUUACCUGAGAGGGCACUUGAGAUCAACAGCAGUCUGAGCUUCGAAAACCCCGUGACCAUCUGCUUCGUUCACUCCCUCGUCAAUGUCAUGGAAGCUGGUGAAGCCAGUCUACAAAGAUCCAAGCAUGACAUUGAGCAGGUAGAAAAUAUGCUGGAAAUGGCCUUGCUGGCCCUUCGGAAGAUCCAGGAAGUGUUUCUACAGCAGAACCAGUUUUCUGAGUCUUUAGUGACUUUGACCUCUUCUGUUGCUACUCUGAUGCUGAACAGCCAAAACAUGUCAACCUGGCCUCUGAGCUCCUACACUCUCUGGUCCCCAGCACCUGUGAGGUUAGGCUUUCCAUCAGCCUCAGCUUUGCAAGAGCUCUUGAACAGACACCCUGGAGUUAAUGUCCAAGUAACAGGACUAUCUUUCAAUCCCUUCAGGGAUUUUGAUGACAAGAACAUUGUUGGAAGCGUCGGAAGUGUGUUGCUAAGCUCUAAUCAUAAAUUGUUCCAAGUUGAUGAUUUAAUGGAAGAUAUUGAGAUCAUACUGUGGAGAAAUGUUAGCAUGGAAAUCCAUCCUACCAGCCUCAAUGUGAGCUCAGAUCAUUUUAUUAUCAUAGUGGACAUCACUUCCCUAGAGAAAUCCCUGAUCCUGUGCAUACAACCUGAAAGCGCCUGUCCCCUUUUAAUGACACUCUAUCUGGGGUUCCAGUAUCAGCCUAACCACACCCCCUUCGACUUGAACAUCACCCUUCCAAAGAAUCAGGUGUGGCAAAAAGAUGAGGAAUAUACAUGGGUGCUGACGCCAGAGAGUCUGCAGUAUGGGACCGGCACCUACCACCUAACAUCUGCCUUGGACAAGAGCCAGGAGAGUGCCCAGCAGAUGCCCACCCUGUUCUCGGUGGUGACGGCCAUCACGCAGUGUUAUUUCUGGGACAGCCACAACAGCACGUGGAAGAGCGGUGGAUGCCACGUUGGGCCACAGAGCACAGUUUUGAGGACACAGGGUCUCUGUAACCGCCUGGCCUACUUAGGCAGCAACUUCUUCAUUGUGCCCCGGAUGGUGAACGUUAAAGACACGAUCAAGCUGUUCCUUCACGUGACCAACAACCCUGUUGGGGUGUCUUUGCUGGUCAGUCUUUCAGGAUCCUAUAUACUCACAUGUGUGUGGGCUUGGAGAAAGGAUCAAGCAGACAUGCAGAAGGUGACGGUCACUGUCCUGGCCGAUAAUGACCCCAGCUGUCAGUUUCACUACCUUAUUCAGGUCUCCACUGGCUAUGGGAGAAAGGCUGCCACAACAGCUAAGAUGGUUAUCACCCUUUAUGGAUCAGGCGGACGGAGUGAGCCCCAUCACCUUUGUGACCCUCAAAAGACAGUCUUUGAGCAAGGGGGACUGGACGUCUUCCUCCUCACACAGUCUUCCCUGGGGGAGCUGCAUGGCCUGCGGCUCUGGCACGACAACUCAGGGGCCGGCCCUUCUUGGUAUGUAAACCAGGUCAUUGUCAGUGACAUGGCAGGUAAAAGGAAAUGGUACUUCAUAUGCAAUUGUUGGCUGGCCGUGAACCUCGGAGAGCACGAGCAUGACCGGGUCUUCAUGCCAGUCUCAAAGAAAGAACUCUUUUCCUUUAGACACCUGUUCUCCUCCAUCGUUGUAGAAAAGCUCACCCAGGAUUAUCUGUGGCUCUCAGUGCUAACUCGGCAUCCCUGGAACCGGUUUACAAGAGUCCAGAGGCUUACUUGCUGCAUGACAUUGUUUCUGUGCACCAUGGUCAUCAACCUUAUGUUCUGGAGAAGCAGCACCAGAGCCGAGAGAGAUGAGCAAGUGGGUCCGUUUCCUGUGACCUGGUCCCAGCUGAUCAUCAGCGUCCAAACUGCUGUCCUCCUCUUCCCUGUCAAUCUUGUAAUUGGGCGCCUCUUCCUGCUGAUCCAGCCACAGGAGCCCCUGCCUCUCUUUCCUCCCAGCCAAGCCUCCUGCCCCUCAGAUGCUACUUCUGAGCCUCUGUCUCUCACAAAGGUGGCUGAAGAAUUAAAGGAAACUGUGGGGUUCCUGCUCAGGAGAAAAUACCUACUCUCAGAGCGGGAACAAUCUUUAUGGAUGUCUCACAGCAUUGACAAGAUGGCACCGCUUUUAGCCAGCCUCAUCUGUUCUCACUUGGAGGGUCCCGGCUCUCAUCAGCAGGCAGGACCCCAUCAGGCAAACGGUAAAGCUCCGCAGCCACAUCAUCUCUGCUGUUACCCGCUCAGAGUUCUGCAGCAGCUGCAAUCGCACUUAGGCGCCCUGGGUCCCGCCCAGGCCGACCAGCCUCGUGACGUCCUCGAUGCCACCAACCGACUGCAAAAACUCCAGGAGCUCUUGGAAACACAUACUCUUCCCACAGAGCAGGGGCCCUCCAGGGAGGCAACCAGUUUCCCCAUCCAGCCCAUCGCUCAUGGCCUGCCCGGAGAGCUGACUUACGUCUGCUGGCUCUUUCUGGGUGUCGCUAGCCUGGCUGCAGCCUUUUUUUAAUGCGCUUGAUAGCCUGGAGCUGACCAAAGAGCAAAAGCCACCAGCUGGGUUACAUGGAUGCUGUUAUCAGUGCUUCACAACCUCUUCAUCAGGCAGCCAGUCAAGGCGAUCUUCCUCACGCUGUUCGGCUCCCUGAUGCUGAACCGGAUGCCGUGGCUUACCAGAGAGAAGGAACAACAAACAAGGAGGAUCUUGGCACUCUUGGCAAAAUGUCCACCAGUACCUGGUUCAAGAGAUAAGAACAACCCCGUGUAUGUAGCUCCAACUAUCAACAGUCCAAUUAAGCGCCCAGAAAGAACCUUGAAAGAGAAGAAGCUUUUCAAGCUGACAGGAGAUAUCCUCGUACAAAUCCUCUUCCUUAUCUUGUUGAUGACGACAGUCUACUCAGCACAGAACUCGAAUAGGUUUUACCUCCAUCAGGCUAUCCAGAAGAGUUUCUCCCACUGUUUCUCAGAGAUCAGACUUCUGAAGCAUUUCUACCCGUGGACCAAUCGCACCUUCCUAACCUUUAUGGGGUUACAGAGAUACGGACACAGUUCUGGGCCCCAGCUUCUUGGAUGCUUCUUGGUCAGUAUUUUCUACCAGUUACCAACACUUUGUUGUAACUUUAGAUCGAGUUUUAAAGUUUCAGGUCUUAUAGUUAAGUUGGUAAUCCAUCUGGAAUUGAUGGUCGUAUGUCAUAUAAGGAAAGGGUCCAGUUUCAUUCUUUUGCAUACAGGGUUUAUUACUGAUGGGAACUCCUUUCUUUUGGGCAAUGUUCUGCUUCGUCAGAUUCGCAUUCCCAGUGCCCUAUUCCUUCCAACUGGAGUGUCUCCCCAAGAACAAGCAAAGCCAUCUCCCCAAGAUCAGGAGGAUACAGAGAACUAUGGAGUAAACUGGGGCCCCUCUGAUACAAACAUCACAAAAUCAGACAGCAUUUGGCAUUAUCAGAAUCAAGAGAUGCUGGGUGGCUAUCCUAUCCAAGGGGAAUUUGCCACUUACUCAGGAGGAGGGUAUGUUGUGAGACUUGGAAGAAGCUCGCGUACUGCAAUCAGAGUUCUGCAGCAUCUUGAACAGAGCCACUGGCUUGACCAUUGUACCAAAAGCCUCUUUGUGGAAUUUGUGGUGUUCAAUGCUAAUAUGAACCUGUUCUGUGUAGUGACCCUGAUUUUGGAGUCCAACAAUGUGGGUGCGUUCUUCCCCUCGCUGAGACUGGACACUUUAACUUCCCUUCAGGCAUCAAAGAAGGACUUUGCUUGGUCUCUCAUCUCACAAGUCAUCUAUUACCUACUAGUCUGUUACUGUGCCUUUGUACAGGGUCAUCGGCGGAAACAGCAGAGGUGGAGGUUCUUCACUAGGAAAAGAAACACUCUGGACACGAGCAUAAUCCUCAUUAGCUUUGUCCUCCUGGGUCCUGACAUGAAGCUUACUUCUCUGCAUGAGAAAAACAUGGCACAAUACCACUAUGCCCGGGACAGGUUCAUCAGCUUCUAUGAGGCAAUAAAAGUCAACUCAGCAGUCGUUCACCUCAUCGGCUUCCUGGUUCUGUUGGCAAUUGUUCAGCUGUGGAACCUGCUGCACCAUCACCCCAGGCUGCAGGUCAUCGGUAGAACACUCAGCAAAGCCUGGGACGAGGUGGUGGGCUUCUUGCUGGUCAUCCUGAUCCUGCUCACAGGCUACGCCAUUGCUUUUAACCUGUUCGGCUGGAGCGUCUCUGACUACCGGACUUUCUUCAGCUCAACAGUGACUGUUGUUGGUCUCCUAAUGGGAAUCUCUCAUCACGAGGAGGUUAUUGAUUUAGACCCAGUCCUGGGAUCCUUUCUGAUUCUCACCAGUGUCUUCUUGAUGGUACUUGUGAUCAUUAACCUUUUUGUUUCCGUCAUUCUCAUGGCCUCUGGUAAAGAACGAACGUCCCUUAAGGUAAAAGAUGCACUGACAGAUGUGGUGCCACAGAAGCUCUCCAGUUUGCUAGGAAUCCAGUGGCACCGGAACACUGAGCAAACAGCCAUGACAGCAGUGGGCAGUAACACUAAGGCUUUAAAAGAUGAGCUAUUUGGGGGCACCUGGGUGAUUCAGUCGGUUAAGUGUCUCAAGUCAUGAUCCCAGGGUCCUGGGAUCCAGCCCCAUGUUGGGCUCCCUGCUCAGUGGGGAGCCUGCUUCUCCCUCUGUGCUCUCUCAAAUACUUUUAAAAAUUAAAAGAUUAUCUUUGCAUGGUAUAGUUUAGAAAAUUACCGGUUUAUAAUACACCAUUAAUUUUGUAAAUCACUGAGGAAUCAAAAUCCCCGUGGCAGUGAGUUCUUAGGUUUAUGGAUCACUGUCAAGAAAGGGUUAACACUACUAGAGUGAUACAGGAUAAACCAGCUCUGCUGCCAAACACCUACCACCAAUAUAUUCAGCAUGGCUGUGGGAAAUAUGUAUGAGUCAGAGGUGAGCUCACUGCAGCUUAUUAAAAUCAAAGAUAUAAGCAUGAGGUUUGGCUAAUGGGGAGCCCUGUCCCAGAGGACUAACGAAGCAAACUCCCAAAGGCUAUCUAGGCUUAAAUACAGAAAUAGAAAUGGACUCCUCGCUGCUCCAGGCAUCCACGUUACCCAAGGAACCAAAGGUAAGGUCUGGCUUGUGCCCAGCAUGGGUCACUUGCUUAAAAUACUCUCCACUAAAAUCCAAUUUGCACUUCAUCACUUGACCAAACCAGUGGAAAAAGCAGGGCACAGAAUUUUUAACUUUAUUAUCAGCUACUGAGCUAUGAGAUACAAACCAAUCAAAAACAUUUAAGUUGCUUGAAACAGGUGUGUAUAUUUACACUACACAGAAGCCAGAGUCCUAUCUUCUGAUCCCAAAGCCAUCCCUCUGGGGAAGGAUGGCCUCAGCUAGGGGUUAAAGGAACACUGUUAAGUUACAAUAGUAAAGAGUCUCAUCCACCUAGGAAAGUAGUCAACAACUGCAGCCACAUUUUUUAUGGGCACCCAAAACUUAUGUGAAAUCAGUUUUUAAAGGUUCUCUUAAUCAUAAAGUUUUCAAAUGAAAACAGGAACGCCACUUCCCCUGUAGGCAUUCCAGCUCACUACCCAAGAAACUUGAGUACUUCUGUUAAGGCAACUGGAAGCCCACCCUAGCCUUGGUGACUUCUGCCCAGUGUGUGACCUGUCCUUCGUUCACCAGUAAAUGCAGUCCAACAGAACAUGCCCUGGGGGAAACAGGAGUUUAUGCAGUGCUGCCCUCUGGUAAGAGGGGAACACAGCACUCAAAGCAAAAGGCCACGGAGGGCUCCCUGAGAAUCCAGUAGAUCCAAGAGAAGCCUUCAACUUUCCCAAUUAACUCUGCAACUGGAUCCAGGUGGAACAGUGCCUGCAGUGAGUAGUGUAUAAGCCAAUGAGAGCACCCAGCUUCCAAGAACUGUUAAAGGGGCUUCCAGAGUCCGUCUCUCCCAUUCAUGGCACACCUUUGCUCACUACAAACCCCUCUGGACAGAGGGGUUUGUUUCGAAGUCUAGGACUUCAGCACAGGGCUGAGAGACUUCAUGAAGUAUUCUUCUCCGUGUCCAGCCAUCUUUGGCAGCUCUCCCCAUAAUGCUUUCACCUUUCCACUCCCCUGUGGAGGAACAGGACAGGUGAUGGGAGAACCUGGGCUCACACUCAAGGGAGAUGGACAAGCUCGGCUGCCCAGGGUCAGCUGCUCUGGCCUCAUAGUCUCUAAUCAUUAGUUUCUUAGGAGCAACAGAGAACUGGAAAGCAGCAGAAUUUAGAGCAGAAAGAGAACCCAGAGGAAUAGUGUGCUCAGUGAUGGUUAAGAGAUGAAAACGAAUUUCAUGGAGAUUCUUUGUUACAAGGAGAAAAAGCUCAGUCUCAAAUCUCAGAGCCUGGAGGUUGCCUGGUUGAAGAGAACUAGGUUUUCUUUUUCAACUCUUCAAAUCUCCGGGAAAGAUCAUCAAAGUCAAUGUCCUCAGAUGCUGAGGCGCUGGCACCAGCAGAUGCAGUUGGUAGUGUGUCUGGCACAGACGGCAACUCCGGCAGUACAAAGUUGUUGUAGGUAUCCACGGGUCGGGAAGGGGGCUUUGCAGAGGCUUCCGGCUUGGGCCCAGGACC